AUGCCCGGUAGCCGGCGGAAGGGGCCCUGCCUCAGGCCCGCCGCCCUGAGGAGGCGGAGCGGCGGCGGCGAGGAGAAGCUCACCCGGCGGCGGCCGGCGGAGCCCCCCGCGGAGGAGGAGGCGGCGGCGGCGGCGGCCGGCGGCGCGGAAGGCGGCGCGGGUCGAGGCCUGCCCGCGGGGGAGGCGCCGCGCGCGCCCCGGCCGUCGCCGUCGCGGGAGGCGGUGGUGCGCGGCGCUGCAGAGUCAAGUUUACAUAAAACACCAAAGAGAUCGUUGAGUAGGAAAUCCCGAAUACCUACUUUCAGCUCUCCUGUUAAUGACACCGAUAUACAGCAAGAGAUCUUUUGGGAUCCUCAUUCACCAAUUGCACACAGACUAGGCAAUGGAAAAAACAAACAGUCUACCAGUAGAUGCGCAGUAGAAAUUUCAGAAAUUGUUAAUCGUAUUGCUCCUCAGGAUGAAAAAGCAGCCUGUAGUGAAGGCUCCCUUUUAGGGACAUGGAUUGGUGAGGAUGCUAUUCCCUGUACACCUGGAGUAGUAAAAGUGCGAGCUAGGACAAAGUUAAGUUGUACAAGAGAUCUUAAAAUAAAAAAUCCUGAAGAGGAACUCAUGAAAUUGGCUAAGGAAUUUGAUAAAAAUCUAGUAGAGCUAGAUGCUGUUCAGGAACAAGAGAAGCUUGGCCAUGACUUCAUCCAGACCGCCUCAGAGUGUUUCAGUAAUUCUAAAGAUGAAGUAAAUAAGAAGAACCUGAAAUCACUCCUUGGUGAAGUUUCUGAAACAGAUACUGCUCUGUCCCUGAAACCAGUUGGACACAGCACUGGCAUCCCUGCUGCAGAGCCCUGUCAACCUAGCAGUCAAAAGUCUAUAGACCUUGAGGCUGAAAUAGCCCUUCAUGCUCUUUUUGACUGCUCUACCCAGAAGUGUAGUGGACAGUUGAGUCAAGGACUAUCAGGUAUUUGUUUAAAUAAUAGUUUCCAUGAAAAUAAAAGCACCUUGGAGGAGGAACACCUUCCUGAGCAAAUUAAAGACGUGCAACGCGGUAAUUCAGAGGCAUAUCAAAAAGAUACUCCGUGUGCACUAGGAAGCAUGAACCAGACUUUUCCAAAAGCUGAUACUCACACGUUGACAAAAAAAAAUCCUUCGUCUUUGAAGACACAAUUGGUGGUCUCCAGUAAGCUUGCUGGAGUAGUUAAUGAUGACUUUGAUGACUGGGAUACAGAUUUUUUGGCAGAUGACUCUUUUGUGAUGCAAAUAACCCAAAAUCCUGAAUUGAUAAGUACUGAAGAAGCACCACCAAUUCCUACAAAUCCAUCUGUGCAUGGUUUCAGUGAUGCUAGCAGAACAAAGGAAAGAAGUAGUUGCAAUUCAGUAACUUGUUUAGGGAGUGCACACAAAUCUAACAGUUUGCAGUUUUCACCUUUGAAACAUUCUAGUAAAAACACACGAAAUGUUGUAAAAUCUCUUUCUUUACAAAAGCCGUGUAAGACAGAAAACUCAAAGACAGAGACCAUAGCCUUUCAUGGCAAAUCUGACGUUAAGCCAGAUAAAAUAAAUUCUAUUUGGAAAAGUGCCCAAACCAGUGAUCUGAAGUAUAUUCCUGUUUCAACGCAAUCUGAAGUGAAGAAUGGAAAUGAAACUCUUAAGCCUAAAAGUGACCCUCUUCCUCUUUUUCCUUCAAGAUCUAAUCCUCAUAGACAAUGGACUGAAAAACCUGGGAAUAACACACACAAUAUUUUCUGUCAAUCAUCCAGUGUUUCCACCAAUACGAAACCUAAUGAUCUAAGUAAAGUGGUUAACCAAGCUAAUACAGGUCACUUAAAUCAAGUUGAAAUACCAAAGAAGUGUCCUCUGUCAUUUGAUGACUGGAAUGAACCGAAAUUCUCUGAUGAGAUAUUAGAUAUGUUUUGUGAAUCCGAUAGUCUUUGGGAUGCAAACUGUGAGGAUGACGAAUUGUUGUAUCAGGUGUGUGAUGAUAUAGAAAAGCAGACUCAGAGCCAGGAUGUUAAACAAGGAAAUGGAAGAGCUAAAACUAUACAAGGAGCCAGUAUUAAUUCUAGAUCAAAUGCUGGUAACAGCUUCCCAGCAUCUAAACAAGGACUACCUGAUCUCCUCUUGGCACAAAAAACAAAUGCAAAACAGGAUGCUUUCUCACUAAACAAUUCCUGUAAGACUUCAUCAAAGGUUACACAUGGGCUGGCCACAACAGGUCAUGUAGUGAACUGUAAAAACGUCUCGAGUCCUCUAACUGUGAUCUCAGCUACUUCUAUCGAGUGUAAGUACACACUGUCUAAAAACUGUCAUCAAGCUGCUUCUGAAGAUGCUACAAAGACUGUUUCUGGAAAAUGGUACAGGUCAAAUUCUGUGCUGGCAGGAGAGACUGGUUCUGAAGUAAGUCCUGUUAAUGCAGUAAACUUUUUUAGUAGCAAAACAUUAGACAGCGCAGAUCUUUUGUGUAAUAUGGGAAAGAUGCCAAGUAACAGUUCUGGUAACAAAACAUCACUUAUGCCUUCAAAGUUUAAGUUCCGAAAGACUAACAAUUCUCAGGGUGCUCUUCAUGUAGGCUCUGAAAAUCCAGGGAGUCAUUCUGGCAUUGGAAUUACUCUGCAGGGCUUGGAAGGAAGCAAGAAUCAGGUGAAUGUGACUUUGCACGGCAAGCUUGACAAUAAGAAACCACCUUUCAAGAGGCACCUUUCAGAGUCUUUUGCACUGCCUACAUCAGUGUCUGUGGUGGAACAAAAAAAUAGAAAAUGUUCUCAAGAAGAGAUUGAAAGAAAAAAACAAGAAGCUCUUGCACGAAGAAAAUCCAGAAUGCAGGCAUUCUUUAAAGAUGCUUGAAUUUGGAGUUUAUUUUGUCUAUGGAGUAAGUUUUUGGGAGGGAAAUAUUGUAAUGCUGGAAGACACUUUUUAAACUCUGUUCACAGCUACUGACGGCAAGGUUUUACUAUUUCUCAAUUUAAAAAAAUCUUGACCUGCACCAUAACUAAUACUCUCGUGGUAUUUAAUCUUAAUUAAAAACUACCAGUUGUAAAUGUGUAGUCCCAAACUACCUUCAGCACAAUGAAGAUUAUAUUGAGUUCACAUACUGUUAUGUGUUGAAAUUGUAUAGUCUGAAAAUCAUCAGAGCAUGAAAGCGUUUGUAUACACGCAUAAGUAGAUGAUGUCAAAAACAGACUACAUGUGUUUUGGCUGUAUUUCUCUUAUUGCAAGUAUUUUAAUCUAUAAGAAGACUCUCAAGUACACACAGACUAAGAAAUACUAAUGUUUGCUCUCAGGUAGAAGAAAGUUUUUAAGUUUUGGUUUAAAGAAAGUACAAUCUAGAAAACAUCCAACAUCGGAAAACUAAUGGAAAUGAACAGGAUUUGGAAAGCGUGCUCAGUUUGUCUCCGUUACCUUAGGUAAGAAUUGUACGUAGUGAAGGAAGAAUUUAAUAGAAAAGUUUCGUAAGGUGAAAAAGCAUCCU